GGAAUCUGACUGAUCUUCCAUACUGGAGUAUUGUACACAAACAUAAAGUUCCUUCAAAAUGGACUACUUUUUGGAUGUCGAGUCUGCUCACAGACUGUUUUACAGUCAAGGAGCUCAAGCUCGUCGGGCAACUCUUCUCACUGUGCCCACUCUGAUGACAGCGUCUUCGGAGGAUGACAUAGACCGGAGACCCAUCAGAAGACUCCGGUCUAAGAGUGACACCCCUUACUUGGAAGAAGCUAGGAUCUGCUUCAACCUUGAUAAUGCUCGCCGGGCCACGCUGCUCACCGUGCCCACAUUAAUGGCGGCAUCUUCCGAGGAGGACAUCGACCGCAGACCCAUCCGCCGCGUCCGCUCCAAGAGCGACACCCCCUACCUCGCUGAGGCCCGGAUCUCCUUCAACCUCGAGACAGCUGAGGAAGUGGAAAGACUGGCUGCAAUGCGUUCAGAUUCUUUAGUACCUGGGACUCACACGCCUCCAAUCAGAAGAAGAAGCAAGUUUGCUACUCUUGGAAGGCUUUUUAAACCAUGGAAAUGGAGGAAGAAGAAGAGUGAAAAAUUUAAGCAUACUUCAGCAGCUUUGGAAAGAAAAAUAUCAAUGAGACAAAGCAGAGAGGAGCUUAUAAAACGAGGAGUGCUGAAAGAAAUUUUUGAUAAAGAUGGAGAACUUUCCAUACCAAAUGAAGAAGGAGCUUUGGAGAAUGGGCAGCCUCUGGGCUCUGGGCAAGUGCUAAGCUCCAGCCAGGUAUCCCUGCCAGCCCUAGCAGAACUGGAGUCAGGUCCAGCAUCUGGGGAACCCUGCUCCUAUGAGGUCCUCCCAACCACAGAUAUCAUGGAUGGGACAGUGUCUGAAGACAGCCCCACAUCCAAUGAAUCCGGCGUCCUCCUGUCCCAAGACCCUACAGCUAAGCCAGUCCUGCUACUUCCCCCCAAAAAAUCUGCCGCUUUCCCUGGAGACCAUGAGGACACCCCAGUGAAACAGUUGUCCCUCCUCAAACAGCCCCCUGCCCUGCCUCCUAAACCUAUUGCCAGGAUUGCCAGCCACUUAACUGAUCCUGGCGCUCCUGUGAAACUGCCUUGUAUGCCAGUUAAACUGUCACCUCCACUACCUCCAAAGAAAGUCAUGAUUUGCAUGCCUUUAGGGGGGCCAGACCUCUCUCUCUCAUCCUAUUCCACGCAGAAGAGCUCCCAGCAGCCUUUGACGCAGCACCAUCACACUGUCUUGCCAUCCCAGUUAGCAGCUCACCAGCACCAGCUCCAGUACGGCAGCCACAGCCAGCACCUGCCUUCGGGGUCCAGCACGUUGCCCAUUCACCCUUCAGGGUGCCGGAUGAUAGAGGAACUGAACAAAACGCUAGCCAUGACCAUGCAAAGGCUAGAAAGCAACUCUGGUUUACACACAGGUGACAGUGUUACAAAAACAGGACCUGGGGGCCUUCCAGACAUGAGACAAGUGCCAACUGUUGUGAUCGAAUGUGAUGACAAUAAAGAAAAUGUGCCUCAUGAAACUGACUAUGAAGAUUCUUCCUGCCUCUACACAAGACAGGAAGAGGAGGAAGAGGAAGAGGAAGAUGAGGAUAACUCAUUAUUUACAAGCUCCCUGGCAAUGAAAGUCUGCAGGAAGGACUCUUUAGCAAUCAAACUAAGCAACAGGCCUUCCAAGCGAGAGCUGGAGGAAAAGAACAUCCUCCCCAUGCAGACUGAUGAAGAGAGGCUUGAACUUAGGCAGCAGAUUGGGACAAAGUUAACAAGACGACUGAGCCAGAGGCCGACUGCUGAAGAAUUGGAGCAGAGGAACAUACUGAAACCCCGGAAUGAGCAAGAGGAGCAGGAGGAAAAACGAGAGAUAAAGAGAAGAUUAACACGUAAGCUGAGUCAAAGGCCCACGGUAGAAGAGCUACGCGAGAGGAAGAUCCUCAUCCGCUUCAGCGACUACGUGGAAGUGGCAGACGCACAGGACUAUGACAGGAGGGCGGACAAACCCUGGACACGACUCACAGCCGCCGACAAAGCAGCCAUUCGAAAAGAGCUUAAUGAAUUUAAAAGCACUGAAAUGGAAGUUCAUGAAUUAAGUAGGCAUCUAACAAGGUUUCAUAGACCGUAGCAGUUCAAUUCUACCUGACUACUAUGCCGUCUUCAUAACUAAAAGGAACCAUAAGUGCUGGUAUUACUCACUUCCCUGUUACGUACAAUGUAAAUCUUCUGAACUGCCUUUUUAAAAAAAAAAAAAAAGUA